AUCAGUAGAGAAACAGCAAAAAAAAAGAUGAUGGUGAGAUGACAUGUAGUUCAUUUCAGCAAGAAAGAGUGACAGAUUGAAGAGACAGUAAUGGUGAGUGUUGUACAGAACCAGCUGACAACCUGAGAGGGACAGAGAGAGAGCAUCUCAGCUCACGAGAGAGAGAGAGAGAAAGAGAGAGGGAGGGGAGAGAGGGAGGGAGAGAGAGAGAAUGGAGCAGCACUCAACCACGUUGCCCGUCCUCAUAUUUCUCUCUGCAGCUGUGUGAGGCAGAGUGAGCGGCGGAGAGGAGAGAGCACAUCAGAGUCUUGUGGAAACAGCAGGACCGCGUACCACUUGGCCGAGAGAUCGAUGCACUUACGCCGAGCCACACAGGAAGGGUGAGCGGCCCGUAGGACGUCCGUGCACUGCCACAGAGAGAGAGCCAGAGAGUAGCCGGAGGGACAGAGAGAAAGAGAGAGAGUGAGAGGGAAGAAGAUUUACCCGAGACCAAUUUGAAAGCUUUCAUCCGGCCACUCAGAGCAGCUACAACCCAGAAGACCAACACUUAAAGGAUCAACUCUGGUUGGUGCUCUCAAGGUGCAGAGUCAGAGAGAGACUGGCAACAAGAGAACAAAGUACUCACAGAAAAGGUGUGAGUGGACGGGAGUGGUGAGGUUUCUUCCCAGCAUGCCACUGGCACAGCAGCGUCACAGGGCCACUGUGCCCACAACAGGCUGGAUCCUGGUUUUGGCCCUGUUUCUUGCUCUACAGGGUGCCACUCAUGCUGCUCCAUCAGGAGACAACAAGCUGGUUCGUACCACCAGAGUGAGGAGACAGACCUCAGGGGGGGAUCAGCCCGUUUCCUCUGCCAACCAGACCCUGCGGGAGCAACCCGUGGUCUUUAACCACGUCUACAACAUCAAUGUUCCAUUGGAGUCUCUGUGCUCUGUGGACCUGGAUGCCUCAGCGCCACCCGCUCCUGGUGAUGGUUCACGUGCUGAGCUGGGGUCCAGACCUUCUGUGGAGGGUCCAAUGGAUCCAACUGGACCCACUGAAUAUACUGAGCAGACACUGGAUGCUGACAGCCAGGUCACGUUUACUCACCGCAUCAACAUCCCAAAAGCUGCAUGUGGUUGUACAGCAACAACCACAAUCCAGCAGCUUGCCACCAGGGUGGAGAUGCUGGAGAGAGAAGUUUCCCUGCUCAGAGCUCAAUGUGGAUCAGGAUGCUGUGGGGAGAGCCCAGCCAUGGGUCGUGUGGACUUUGUCCCAGGCUGUAGUGGCCAUGGCAGCUUCAGCUUUGAUCUGUGCGGCUGCAUCUGUGAGGAAGGUUGGACCGGCAAAAACUGCUCAGAACCCCGCUGCCCGGACGACUGCUCUGGCCAGGGCGUGUGCGUCGAGGGUGAGUGCGUGUGCGACCGCGACUUUGGAGGCGACAAUUGCUCGGAGCCACGGUGCCCUUCAGAUUGCUCGGGCCGCGGGCUAUGCAUCGAUGGGGAGUGCGUGUGCGAGGAGUCCUUCACCGGCGAAGACUGCAUGGUCGGGAGGUGUCUCAACGACUGCUCAGACCAGGGGUUGUGCAUCAACGGGACGUGCCAGUGCCGGCCCGGGUACGUGGGGGAGGACUGCUCGCUGGUGUACUGUGCCAACAACUGCAGCAAGAAGGGAGUGUGCAAGGAGGGUUUCUGUGUCUGCCAGGAUGGCUUCGCUGGAGAUGACUGCAACUCUGUGGCACCUGUCAUGAACUUGAUGGUCCAAGGGGUGACUGAUCGCACUGUUGACCUGGAGUGGGAGGGCUCAGUUGUGCUGACAGAUUUCUUGGUGACCUACACGCCAAGCACCCCUGGAGGUGUGCAACUAGAGCUGAGGAUUCCAGGCAAUACCACCUCUUGCACUAUCACAGGCCUGGAAGCAGGCAUGGAGUACAACAUCAACGUGUUUGCUGUCAUUAACAACAGCAUCAGCGUCCCUGACAGCAUCACUGUUUGGACCUAUCUCUCCAAUCCGGAUGGUUUAGUUUUCAAAUCCAUCACAGAGACGUCAGUGGAGGUCCAGUGGCAACCUUUCUACUAUUCCUUCGAUGGAUGGGAGAUCAGCUUCAUCCCUAAGGACAACGAUGGAGGGAUGACUGCACAGCUGCCCAGCACCAUCACUUCCUUUGUGCAGACUGGUCUGAGACCAGGGGAAGAGUAUACUGUUAACUUGGUGGCGCUCCGAGACCAGGGUCGAAGUCAGCCCGUCACUGCUACAGUCACAACCUUGAUUGACGGCCCCACUCAGCUGAUCGUGCGAGAUGUGUCAGACACUGUGGCGUUUGUGGAGUGGACGCCACCCAAAGCAAAGAUCGAUCAGAUUGUGUUGCGGUAUGGCCUCGUGGGAGGCGAGGGGCCGCGAACUACCUUCCGCCUACAGCCCACACUCAGCCAGUACUCCCUGCAGGUUCUGCGUCCUGGCUCGCGUUACGAGGUGUCUGUCAGAGGUGUGAGGAAAGGAAACGAGAGCGGAUCCAUUUCUACUGAAUUUACAACCGCUUUAUCGUUCUUCUCAGAGAUCGAUGCCCCCAAGAACUUGCGGCUCGUGUCCAAGACCUCCACUGCCCUCGAACUCGAAUGGGACAAUAGUGAGGCUGAGGUGGAGGGCUACCAGGUGGUGUACAGCACUUUAGCAGGAGAUCAGUAUGAUAAAGUCAUUGUACCACGAAAUGAGGGAGCCACCACUAAGACCACUCUCACAGACCUGCUGCCAGGCACAGAGUACGGCAUCGGCAUCUCUGCCAUGAAAGGUAGCAACCAGAGUACACCAGCGACGAUGAACGCCAGGACCAGUCUGGAUGUGCCCAUGGAUUUAACUGUGACAGCCUCUACAGACAACACCAUCACUCUGGUGUGGGGCGUUGUCCAGGGCCCCAUCGACCACUACAAGGUCACCUACACAUCCUCCUCUGGCGUCACUACUGAGCUGACAGUGCCUAAAGACGUAACCACCACCACCCUCACAGACCUUGAGCCUGGGACUGAGUACACCAUCACUGUAGCAGCAAGAAGAGGAAGACAGCAGAGCACUGCAGCUACCAUAGACGCCUUCACGGGAAUCAGACCCGUAACCCACCUCUACUUGUCAGAGGUGACUUCAGACUCUGUGUCGGUGGCGUGGAGCGCCCCAGCGCCACCCGCCGACCUCUUCAUCCUGAGCUACAGCUCCGCCGACGGGACCGACACCUCUAAGGUGACGCUGGAUGGCUCCAAGACGAGGUCACUGGUCCAGGGGCUGCUGCCGUCCACUCAGUACACCAUCAGUCUAAUCACAAUUCAAGGGGAUGUUACCUCUGAACCUAUUACAGCAUCACUCACUACAGGCAUGGACCCACCAAAAGAGAUGACGGUGUCAGAUGUGAGUGAGGACGCAGUGACUAUUUCCUGGAUCAAACCACUGGCUCCAUUUGAAUACUAUAAGUUGUCCUACCAGUCAGCCAGAGGUCGAGUGGACAGCGUGGUGAUUGACAGCGAUGUGACCAACUACACAUUGUCCAGUCUGUUUCCUGCUACAGAAUACGAGAUCAGUCUCAACGCUGUCAGAGGGAGCCAGGAGAGCAAGGUGGUCAGCACUUCCGUCUUCACAGCUAUGGACCUGCCAUCUGAGUUGACGGCCCUCAACAUCACUCCGCAAGGAGCCCUGCUGAGGUGGAAUCCUCCUCUGUCCAGUGUCGACAACUAUGUGCUGACCCUCACACACAACCAGGUGACAGCUGAUACUUUUCUUGUGGAAGGCAACAAGCAGGAGCACCAGCUGUCCAACCUUAAGCCAAGCACCACCUACUCUGUGGCCCUCUACGCCACCAAAGGACCCCUCACCAGUGGCACAGUCAUCACCAACCUCCAGACACCCAUGGACGCACCCCUGAACCUGACAGCCAGUGAAGUGAAUCACCGCAGUGCGCUGAUCUCCUGGCAGCCGCCAAUCGCAGAAAUUGACAACUACAUGCUCACCUACAAGUCUACCGACGGCAGCCGCAAAGAGCUGAUCCUGGAUGCAGAGGACACAUGGAUUCGGCUGGAAGGACUGGCUGAGACUACAGAGUACACUGUCAAACUCCAAGCAGCAAGAGGACUUGACACCAGUGCUGUAGUCUCCACUACCUUUACUACAGGGAGUCGUCUAUUUGCGACACCUCAGAAUUGUGCCCAACACCUGCUGAAUGGAGAGACGCUGAGCGGCGUCUACACCAUUUACAUCAACAGAGACCCCAGCCAGGGAGUGCAGGUGUACUGUGACAUGACCACUGAUGAAGGAGGCUGGAUUGUGUUCCAGCGUCGUCAGAAUGGCCUGACAGACUUUUCCAGGAAGUGGAGUGACUAUCGGGUCGGCUUUGGAAACCUUGAGGAUGAGUUCUGGCUUGGUCUAGACAACAUCCAGAGGAUUGCUGCUCAGGGCCGCUAUGAGCUGAGGAUUGACAUGAAGGAUGGACAGGAGUCAGUCUAUGCCAACUAUGAUAAAUUCUCCAUUGGAGACGCCAGAAACCUCUACAAGCUCAGAAUAGGAGAGUACAAUGGGACCGCUGGUGAUUCUCUGAGCUACCACCAAGGCCGGCCCUUCUCUACAAAAGACAGAGACAACGACAUAGCUGUCACUAACUGUGCCCUGUCCUACAAAGGAGCCUGGUGGUACAAGAACUGCCACCGGGCCAACCUCAAUGGCAAAUACGGCGAAUCCAGACACAGUCAGGGUAUCAACUGGUACCACUGGAAAGGCCAUGAGUUCUCUAUUCCCUUUGUGGAGAUGAAGAUGAGGCCGUUCAACUUCCGUAGCAUCAGCAGCAAGAGGAGGCGGUCUGUCCCUGUAUAAACUGCCUCUACCCACCCCAGAGUCAUGGAUAACUGGAGUUCAGACGAUGUUUGGUAACGAGUUUCUGCUAUCUGUGUGCCUCACUUGACAGUACAGGCAUGUUGUAAUGUAACAGUGCCAAGGCUUUUUAGUGAGGCUGCAAAGAAGAAAGCGGUUAUGACAAAAACUACUAAUAUUUUAUUAAUAUGAAUUUGUUAAAUAAUACAAUACAUUAUUAAUAUACUACCAACAAUCGGAAGCUGUUAUAACCAUGGAUGUGAUCAUACAAGUGCUAAACAGUGUCUGAACUCUGUUUAUCUUUACUCCUGCCCAGCUUUAGCUGUCUUUCCCUGCUGUACUUCUACCCAGAUGAUAGAAGACACUGUAUGUAAUUUAUUAAAUACUUUGAAUGACAAUGGUUUUAUUUGCUGUAAAAAUGGAAAGGCAAACCAAGAAGCUUUUUUUUUCUUUAAGUCUGUGAUUUGCCUUUCCCUGGGGUGUGAGGAAACAUGCUCAGAAAUGUCCUCAAGAGUGCUAGAGCUAGCGUUAUUUUAGCGUUUACAAAGUAACAACACUUUUAACGAAAAAUAUACUGUAUAUGCCCUUAAAACCCUUAACUGUAAGAUAUAUAUAUAUUUUUAUAACUGAUAUUGUGACAAAAGUCCAUCUAUUUAAUAUGAUUUGAUGCCUUGGUUUUUUAGCCUAUAUUAAGUUAAUGUAAUCAUACAACAUAAUGACAAACACUCGUCAUAAGUGAUAAAAUUAGCAACAAAAAGGCAAAACUGAACAUUCAGAAUCAUCACUUACUAAGCAGUACACCAGCAACAGCUUCAUUACCAUCUAUUUUAUUUAUUUUACAUCUCUGUUUUAAUGUUAAUUACAAUACCCUUUGUGUUAAUUAUUAAAGCAGAAGAAAAUAAACAUCAAUAUUUAAGUUUAUUAUUAUUGGUAGCCACACUGAGACAGUAUUUGCACUACGAGUGGGAACACAGCAAAGCUAUUGUUCAUUCAAUUCAGUUUAUUUCUUUAGUUGAUCGUGGGCAUUUAAUAUUACUUUAAAGCAAAUUACAAACGCUUAAUAUCUAUUUCACCCCUGUUGUAGUUGCUGUGAUUGCUUGCAGAGAUGGUGCUGAUAGAUGUGCAACAUUUAACCAAAGAUCUGCAUAAGACUCUGCCUGCUGCUUGGAAAGAUGCCAGUCAAUUCUGUCACCAAAGCCACUGAUGCAGCUUUUUCCUGUAUUAAUAGAUUCUCACUUUUCAGGGACUUUUAUGGUAAUCAUGUCCCCUGGCAUUACUUUAUGCAAUGUGAACACUAAAUUCUAUGCAAAAGAAAGUCAGGGUGGGCAUAGUGCAGAUUUUAACCUGGCCUCUCCCCCCGCUGCUAGCUGAAAUGAACUUACAAAGAAAGCAGAACAGUAGAUGGAGUGGAGCCAAACCUUUCCUCUGUGCCCUUCUUUUACUUGCUUCACUAUUUAAGCUCCCCAGCGAAACAACAAAAUCAGCAAACAUGGCAGAGAAUGUAUUCUUUUAGUAGGGCGGGCGUAAUCUGCAGCAUGCCCACCAAGCAUUUUGUCUUAUUCAGUGUUCACACUGUCGCACAAAGCGUUCGGUGCCAGUUAGUUGACUGCAGUUUUCUGGAAAAACUGUUUUUGUUUUAGUUUCCUGCUUACUCUGUGGGAGGAAAAUUAUCUCUGUGGAGUUUGAAGACAAACCACACACAUAACUGGCUAAAUCCCCACUCUCUGGCCUCAUACUAUCAAGAAAAACUAAAUUUAUUGUCCAAUGCAAUACUUGUAAAUCAAUGUCACCAUCGCUGCAAGCAACAUUUGUUCUCAUAUAUAUUCAAUAUUCCAAAUACUGAUAUUUUUCCUCUUUGAACAGCUGGAGAUUUCAUUCUUCUGUGUUUCUGUCAGUUUCUUCAUUUCAGUUUCCUCAUUGAAGUGAACCAGCAAAUCUGGCUUUUAUCAUAGGACUGUGUAUAUUUUUCAUUUGUGUUUUUGUCCUUUUUAGAAUUGAAAACAAUAGUCGCUCUCCCCUCUAUAAACUACUACUAAUAUACUCAUGUAGAUAUAGAGUUGAAGAUACUGUGUCUUUUGAUGUGUUCCCCCUUUAACUGCAAACUAAUUCAUAAAGCCCUGUGAAACAUUCCCACUUGAACCUCUCUAUGUUUAGCAAGUGUUGUGUUAAAGGAAGGAUGGAGCCUAGUGCAUGAUGACUAAAUUGCAAUCAUGAGCCUGAUUUUAAAUGUCAUGAGAAUAUGUUUUAAUCUGAUUUGCAGUGACACAUUUCUCUGCCGAUCUGGGUAAAAGCUGCUCUUGAAAUGGUUUGUAAGAUAGAAGACGUAGAUACCUUAGAUUAUCAUGUUCUUGAGCUGUUGUUGGAAACAGUCCCCAUAGCCAAAAUAACCAACAUAACCUAAAGUAUAAUAUAUAACAAACUGUUUCAACAGGUGACCUUUCCCAGGUCUGAUUUAUAUUUCAGUGUCAAAGUGAUUGUUUCAGAACCUCUCAUGCAAUCCAUCUCCCAUAGUGAUUUAUAGUAGAGUAGGGAAUUCUCUGUGUACUUAUUUCAUUAACUACUUAGGUGAAGUUUGCCUCAGUGUAUUUUUGUACAAGGAACAAAGGUCAUGAAGCUUUGCAGAAAAGGAACAGAAUGUUAUUUGUAGUGUGAGGGAUUUCUCUCUUUGGCAAACUUUAAGGUGCUCUUUUCACUUUCAUGAAGAAAGCUCAUGUAAUUUUACUUUUAUUCAACGUUUUACCAGUCAUCCUUCAUCAGUUUAAGCUGUUCAAUCAAUCAGUGAGAACAUCUCAAAAGGGAAAUUGUUUGAGUCAAGUUGUCUCUGUCCUACCUUUCACUUUAGGGUAAUUAUUAUAACUUUUUUUUUCUUUCUAUUGCUUGGGAAAACUAGAUUAUAUCCCUCUGUGUAAUUUAAAAGUAACUCUCAGAAAAACUAAUUAUUUUAAAUUGAACAAAUGCAACCAUCUUGUCAUGGAAAAAUCAUGCCUGGAAUUACUUUGACAAAAGAGUCUGAAUUAUAUUCAUGUUCUUAUAGAUAACUUGAUGGUAUUCUCUCUGGCAUUAUGUCAGCUCAAAUUGUGUCUUUUUCCUAUAUGAGGGAAGAUGGAUAUUAAAUUUGGCAUUUUGUUUGUGCUGUAUGUUUUCAUUAUGUAAAAUUCCAUCACAUUCAAUCUACUGUGUGAUGACAUCAGUUUUGAGAAGACCAUCUCCUCUAUUAUUUCAUCAUAAAACUCAGUCCCAGUCAUUGAGAUACAAUCACAUGAAUCAGUUUUAUUUCUACCGAGCUUCUUAAAGUACAAGAAACCGGUUCCCCUCAUUUAUUUCAUUUGUUUUAUUUUUCAAUCACUCUGACUGACUGAUGGGACAUUGUAAAAAAAUAAAGUUAAUAAUGACACCAGGUCUUCUUAGGUAUCAAAAUGAAAAAUGCUUUAUCUCAUGGGUUUACUUUUACAACUAAACUGAUAUUACCACCAUGUUUGGUGGUAUUUGUUAUAUAAGCCAGAUAUUGUCAAUGAUUUGAAAUCUUGCCAUGGAAAUGUAAAUGUUGACAAAAUGUGAUCUUGACUGUUUGAAAAGCUCAUACAUGCUGAAACUACGGAUUUAUUGUUGGAUAACCUUGGAUAUUGCUGUCAAAUUUAGCUCUAGUUUGACUUAAACAUGUACUAUAUAGUUCCUUUUUUAUUACAUUUUCUACAUAUUAAUAAAAUAUUCAAAUAGUCUGA